CUGUGAACAAUAAGUGAGCAGCGUCCCUUAUUAACUGAGUCAUAAUUGCCACGACACACGUUUAACCACACUAGCUUGUCGAAUGUACAGUCAUGUAUGUACAGACUGAUUUUCGUCUAUGCUAUGUUUCGACUUUUAGUAACAAGUUAACAAGCACCCUUAUAAAUUCAACCAUCCAUCGCUCCGCAUCGAGCAGCCUCCGAAUGAAGUCUGACAGCAGUAUUCUAUGAUUUCCAACAACACAUAUCAAACUAUAACUAAUGCUGAUCCAGGAUAAAGUAACGCUGACCUCUUCGGGCCCGUCAUUCUGGCAACAAAGUCCACUGCAAUGAAGCGAAACUAAAAUUCGACCUAGUGCAUCCAGCGCAGAGGGACUCGAAAACUUGUAAGAGCACUACAUGAAUGCGAAUGAUGAGGCGCCGUCGAAUUUGGAGCCGACCAGCUCGGAAAAAGCGGACAAGAAUGAAGGGGAAACCGUCCAGGCUGAAGCCACCGGACCUCAGGAGAAAUCAGCCGAUGACACUGUCACGAAGGAUACAAAAGUAGUCGAAGAGAGACCCGAAUCGCCUUUGGUAUUGCCUCCGACGCUUCACGAACGAUUCAUGCGGAUCAAACAAAUGGUCAAGGAUGCCAUAGCUGCUCACCACACGUUCAUGAUUUACGGAAGGGCCCGAGUGAUCCGUGAAUGUAUGCUGCGGCGAGGCUGGUGCGAGAAGUUUUUCCGAAAAAAUGCUACUGCCGAUCAUUUCAACGUGGAUUCGAGUCCCGUGGCGUUACUGGCAGGCAUCGGCGACUUGAAGGACCAACAAAGCGAACGACAGUUGAUAUCCAGGAUGCUCAGCAAUCACACUGUCGAUUUCCUCUGGAACACCGGAUCGGAAUGGCCUGGCUGGCCGUCGCAGGAUAACAAGAACACGAUCUUCAACAGAUACUGCCGUGCGGGAUUCACGUCGAAGGUGGGCUUAUGCUCGAACGUCAGACAAAUGCACUGGUAUUACGAGGCUGGAGUGGCGAACACCCUCUUCCCGCGCUGUUACAAUUUAUGCCAGGGCGAUCAGAUGCAUGCUUUCAUCGAGGAUUUUCGAUUCACGUCUUGCCUGAGUCUGUUGAAGUGGCUGAUAAGUAAGAUAUCCGCCGAGGGCGAGAACGCGGUCAGAUCGCCAACGGGAACGGUGCCCAUGAAGGCCCUCGAGUUCGCGAUCAAACGAUGCAGCGAUUAUAUCAGCGCGCAAUCCCACGAGGACAUCGAUCAGGAGACGGAAAGAGUUUGGGCGCAUCAAUGGGACCAGUUUAUCAGCUGGUAUUACCAGAUCGUUCACGGACAAGCGCUUUUCGUUCGCAACAGUGUGCCCUUUCAAAAAUUCUUCCUGGCGGGGAAGCACAUUCUGAAAAAGAUGAGGAAGUACUGUCCACAACUCGACAUGGAUGGCAUCAUGAAUGUAUGGAUCAUGAAGCCUGGGAACAAAAGUCGAGGACGAGGGAUCGUCCUCUUGAACAAAUUGGAGGAUGUCAUGGCGAAGAUGAAUCCGUCGAACAAGUCAGACACCCGUUACGUCGUGCAGAAGUACAUUGAACGACCAUUGCUAAUUCACAGUACGAAGUUCGACAUAAGGCAGUGGUUCGUUGUCACCUGCGCCCAGCCUCUGACUCUUUGGAUAUACAAAGAGAGUUAUCUGCGAUUCUGCUCGCAAAAAUUUUGCCUGACGGACUUCCACGAAUCGAUCCACCUGUGCAAUCACGCGAUCCAAUGCAAGUACACGAACUGCGGCGACAGGGAUCCUGCGUUGCCCUCGGACAACAUGUGGGACGCCACGACCUUCAAAGAGUUCCUCAAGUCCCAGGGGCACGAUAAGGCGUGGGACGAGCUCAUCUACCCAGGAAUGAAGCAAGGCUUGGUUGGUUCUCUAUUGGCCAGCCAGGAAGCCAUGGAUCGUCGAAAGAACAGUUUCGAACUUUACGGCGCUGACUUCAUGGUUAUGGACGAUUUCUCCGUUUGGCUGAUCGAGAUCAAUAGCCACCCUGACAUGAGCUACUCCAGCAGAGUUACGACGCGUCUGUGUCGACAGGUUCUAGAGGACACCAUAAAAGUGGUGAUAGAUUUUCGAGAGAACAAAAACGCAAACACGGGACAGUUCGAGUUGGCUUACAAGCAGAAAAUGCCCAACUGCCAGCCAUAUUUGGGUGCAGCUUUGUCCCUCCAAGGCACCCGCAUUACGACGUUAGAGAAGAAACCUGGUCUCGGGACUCAAGACUCGAAAGUUAGCCUCGUAUCGAAGUCUCCUAUGACAUGCUUUCCGAAAAAGAAAGCGGCAGUGCACAAUCAAAUCGGUCCAGUGAUCGUCGAUCUGAUCGAGGAACUGGAGAUCCAGCUCGACCAGGAAUUCUACGCCUACUACAAAGUAGAAUCGCCUAAGCUGAGGCAAACACUGCCAAUAACUGCGCCCCCCAAACCCUUAAAAGCGGUCGUUUUAGUCGAUAAACAGGAAUCGACCGCGAAGAGCGCUCCCGCUGGAGGAUUGAACACUGUUAAAACGAAGUCACCUGGUUUGAUUCAAAAUAAUCGAAUAAACGACAAGAACGGAAGCAAUCAGAAAACGGCAACGCGAACGCCAAGAAAGUCGCGGACUCUCACUGGAUCGACAAGCCACAAAUCGGAAACUUCUCCUGCGAGGCAAAAUUUUAUCUCGAAGAUUAUAACUAUUCAGAAGCAAACGUUUAAACAGCCAUCAAAAAGUGAAAAGUCUCAACCGAAGCAAAACCAAAAUAGGAUGAUUAAGACUGCGGUACGAGACGCUAUUAAAAAGUACAAAAAAGGCGCAGCUCUGUCCGCCAUUCCACCGGAAAUACCUCCGCUACCGUCUUUAUCAACGGCACCGAAUAAAGGUAGCGAAGGUGCCGCAGGGAAAAAUAAAAUUCACAUCGUUCCGGCCAAGAAUCCUCGUCAAAAAAAGAACAAAGUGUUAACCGACAUUACUGACAUGUACGCUGUUGGCUUGAGGUUGACUAAAUGAGAAAGGAAAAGAAAAUCCUCGUGAUCCGCACUCGUUAUUCGUUGGCUCUGUCUACUGUUGAUUCAUCGAAGUCUAUAUUUGAAACGUACCUGUACAUGGCCAAUAAAGAACUACGCUAUCCAUCGGUAACUCG